AUGCCAGGAGAUGCAGAUCACGGCCUCGCAGUGGCGGCAGAUCUUCCGCGGACGGUGCCGCCUUCUGCUCAGGUGACUCCUUCCAGCUUUGCUGACUGUCAGCCUGCGCCGCAUGUGACGAAUGCACGAGCUUUGAACCACGACGGCGAACCUUUGACACCCGCGGGGCUUUUUUCUCCAGCAGCACGCUCUCCUCCAGCACAAGUGCCGCAUGCAGAAAUGCGGCGUCACUCCGGCACAACUGUUCAGGAGAGUGGCCCCAACCCCGACGACUCCCGGCAGUUUUCUUCCCCCGCAUCUCCGCCUCCCCUAGGCGUGCCGCUUGCAUGUCAGUCCUCAUAUGUGCUGCCCGCCCAUGCAGAAGGAGAACAGCCGUACCGCCGCUGCCGAUCCUCCGGUUUGGGGCACAAUUCGCCUCAAGGCUCCAGCAGCGUGAGCUUUCUUGAGGCCUUUCAUCGGCGGCAGCGCCAGCAAGUCUCCUCAGAGCUCAAGAGGAGAGACGAAGCUCUGCACACGCUCAAUCAGUGGCGGGGAAACACCCCCCAAGGGUCUCUCCGCCUGACUGCCCGCACCCCUGCAGCACCCCCCUCCCCCCCCCAAGCGGCCUCCGAUGCAUCCACGAGGCGCCAGUUGGCGGGAGAAAUGGUUGCCCUCUUCAGCAGCUUGUCGUCGACGAAGCAGCAGCAGGCAUCCGCAGCUUGCCGGCAGACUAUUGGUCAGCUGCAGCAGCAGCAGGGGCACCUCGGACAGCUCAUCAGGCGCUUGCGUUCCUCUGCCUCGGUUCCAAAAGCGAGAGGGGUUCUCGUCAAGGCUCGCUCCCUGCAGCUGCAACUGCAGAUGCAGCAGCAAGAGCACCGCCCCUGCGGGCAUCACAGACGGCUGCCAGCUCCCCUGCUGCUGCCGCUGCCGCAAGUCAGCAGCAAAAACAUGUCACAGGGGGUGCAGAAGCAGCAGCAGCAGUGUUCGGAUCCUUGGCGCCGUUUGCUGCGGCGCGUAAGGCCAAGAAGGCGCAGAGCUUCUCUGCCUCCUUCCCUGCGUCUCAGGAAAGGAUCAGCAGGUGCCAGGAGCUCAGGCUCUGCCUGCUCCGACGUUUUACUGGAAGCAGCGCGUGGAGAAGGAGUGGUGCCUCCCGCUUCUGCUACAGGCUGCGACACGGAGUCAGCCGCAGCCGCUGAAGCCGCCGCAGAGUUCUCCGCUGCCGUAGACCGUUUCAGCAGCAGCAGAAAUCGCACUGCCAGUGCGGGCUGGAGGCCCCCUCGGCGUGUCUCUCCCUCGGGAAGCCCCUUGACAGUGCGCGAGUGGGCAGAGGAGCUGAUGCAGCAAGCGGAAGCAGCGUGUUGUGCCGCUGUUGGUGCUUUUCCGGAGGCUAUCCAUGCCGCUCUGGUCAAGUCUUUGGAGGCCCUCUCAGGGGCCUUUCAUCUGCACAUUCUGAAGACGCAGCGCCGCCUCGAGGUGGCAGCUCUCCUCGAACAGAGACGGAUGCGGCCAGAUCUUCUUGCGAGCCGCUCAAGGCUUGUCGAGCGCGCAGCAGCCGCUGCGCUGAGCGGCAGUCUUGAGAAAGCCGUGAGGGGCCCCCGUUUUUCUCUGGGGCCUCCUGGAGCUGCCCUUUCUGUCUGCCAAGCAAGAAGUGUGUCUGGCGGCAGUGCUCCCGGAGGAGCGGCAUGCGCUGCUGAAGGGCAGCACGAGGAGGAAGGCAGUCUGGCCACGAAACAGGGGGGGACGGGGCACAGCGCGUACGGGGAGGAAGACACCAGCUUGCUGGAGGCAGAGACGGAUUGCGAAUAUCUGUUGGGGAGGCAGCUGCUGCCUUAUGAGCGGAUGCUGCUGAAGUAUAGGGUGCUGCGGAAGAAUGGGUAUGGCAGAGGGGGGGGGGAGGGGCCUAGCGGCAGCAGUGCCCUAGGCGACGAAGACCUCCUAGAGACACGGCUUGUUGAGGAGUUGCUGCUAGCGGUAGAGGAGGGGACGGCACUCCCAGGGGACUUAUCAUCAGGGCCUUCUGAGGAGUCCGACGUUUGGGCUUUGUGGGGGGGUGACACGCACUCGGAUACGGCAAAGAUCGAGCACCUGCUUGGCCUUGUCGGUGAACUGCAAAAGGCAGAUCGCCAGCAACGCAAGCACGUCUCUCAAAAAAUUCUAGAGCAGGCAGAUUCCAUGCCCGACGAGGAACGCAUGCUGCGCUCCUUCUUCCUAAAUGCCGCUCCGCCGGCCGCUCCAGAAGAGCUGCUGCCGCAGCGUCAAGGAGCCCCAGCAGAAGCAGGGGGGCCCCCUGCAGGGGGGCCCCCUGAGACGGCGAGGCCAGAGGCCCCUUCGGGCGAGGCCUCAGCGCAAAGUGUAGAGCCUGCAGAGGGGCCAGCAAAUGCCUCUUCCACUGGGGAGAACCUGUACAAGGCGCAUUACCUUUUGGGGCCUUGGAAUAGCAGUAGGCUGUAUUCCUUCCCGCCAGCGCAACAGCCCAGGCAAAGGUGA